AAAACGAAUCGUAAAAACCGACAACUGUCAUAAAAUAGACAUCACUAUCAUGCCAUAGACAAGCAUUUUUCUUUCUGUCAAAUUCUUUUGCUUGAGCCCGGUUGUAAUUUAAGUCAUGGCUCCACCACAGCCCAAGGCGGCGGCCAAGCCCGCCGCGGCGCCCGCGGGCGGCGUGAAGAAGGCCAAGGUUGGCAAGCCCAGAAAUUACGAUUUGGGCAAUGGAGUUGUAAGAUUCUCCAAGUCCAAGAUGUACCACAAGAAGGCCCUUUACAAGUUUGUUGGCAAGAAGAACCCUAAAGCCGAGAAGCCCAAGAAGCCUUCCGCGGUGGUGAAGCAGGUCGGUGGUGACAAGAACGGAGGCUCCCGUACUGUGCUGCUCAAGCGCAGGAGGUCUUUCUACCCCACACAGGACAAGAUCCGUACCCGACCCCACCACAAGUCGUUCAGCAAGCACGUGCGGCGCACGCGGCCCAACCUCACCCCCGGCACCGUGUGCAUCCUGCUGGCCGGCCGCCACGCCGGCAAGAGGGUCGUGCUCGUCGGAGUCCUGCCCAGCGGCCUGCUGCUGCUCACCGGACCCUUCGCACUGAACUCGUGCCCGCUGCGGCGCAUCCCGCAGCGCUACGUGAUCGGGACCUCCACCAAGCUGGACCUCAGCUCCUUCAAGCUGCCCGAGCACCUGGACGACGCCUACUUCAAGAAGAACAAGAAGUCCGCCAAGCGCAGCGUCAAGCGCAAGCAGGGGGAGGACAUCUUUGCCACCAAGAAAGAGAAAUACGUUCCAUCAGAGCAGCGCAAGAAGGACCAGAAGCUGGUGGACGACGCCGUCGUGAAGGCCAUCAGCGCGCGCGCAGACCGUAAAGCUCUUCGCGGGUACCUCAAGUCGGCGUUCGGUCUGCGUUCGUCGCAGUUCCCGCACAGGAUGAACUUCUAGGCUAAAUAAAAGUCGUUGACAAAA